GGGAGGAGCUUGUGUUGGUCUUUACCAAGCUGAGAGCGACCCAGCAACAUAACUCCGGUUCAGCGCUGAUUUUAUCCAAUUAUCUCGACCGGAAAACCAGCAGGAUGGCUUCAAUGUACGAUAAAGGUGACAUGAAGGGGGGGAUGAUGGAUGAUGGAGCCCCCAUCCAUCGCAUCCGCAUCACACUCACGUCCAGCAAUGUCAAAUCACUUGAGAAAGUGUGCUCCGAGCUAGUGCGAGGAGCAAAGGACAAGCAGCUGAAGGUGAAGGGGCCAGUGCGCAUGCCAACCAAAACACUGCGAAUCACCACUCGUAAAACCCCCUGUGGAGAGGGUUCCAAGACCUGGGACCGUUUUCAGAUGAGAAUACACAAGCGUGUUAUUGAUCUGCACUCCCCUUCAGAAGUGGUGAAACAGAUUACCAGCAUCAGCAUUGAGCCCGAUGUGGAUGUUGAAGUCACCAUUGCAGAGUAAAGCCGAUUAAAGAGUCGUACAA